AUGAUUGGACCCCCUGACACUCGACGAAGGGACAAGCGGUGUGAAUAUCACAAGGACCAUGGCCACGAAACUGACAGCUGUUACGCGCUAAAGAACCAUUUGGAGGAGUUGGUACAAGAUGGCCGACUGGUACAACAUGUCCGAAAGGAAAAACUGCCAAACACGGUAGCCCUACACCUGGAUUCACCUCCACUUGGUGUGAUUCAUAUGAUAUGUAGCCUACUGCCUCCAGUUCAGGUACAUACAAUUUGGUUGCAACUUAGCCUGCCCAAGCCAUUCAUACCAGCUAAACGGCCCCAUGAAACUAGCAAAAUCAACUUUGACGACACCGAUCUGGAUAGAGUAACUCUCUCCCACGUUGAUGCCCUCAUCAUCGAGCUGCAUGUGAACAGAUUCACGGUCGAGCGUGUUUUGAUCGAUCAAGGAAGCACCUCAGAAAUCAUGUAUUACAAGACAUCUAUCAAACUCGACUUCACUGAUUUAGACCUGCUGCUAGCCGAUUACCCACUAUUCGACUUCAACGCCAAUCUCGAGUACCUUUUGGGCAAGAUCGCACUCUCAGUGCGGGUGGAUACCAAAUCAGUCAACGUAGAAUUUCUGGUCGUCAAACUCCCGUUACCAUACAAUCUCAUCAUGUGGAGAACCUGGCUGUACGCUAUGUAA